AGCAUUAGCAUUAGCACUCGUCCUGCUUUAGACGCUGCAACAUGUCCGCACUGCUCAGAGGACUCGCCCGGAUCCGCUCUGCUCCUGCUCUGCGGGGGACAGCCAUCACUCAGCGGGCUAACAUUACAACAAAACCCGCAAAGGAAGCUGUAGGAGCAGCUGAGACGGUAUUUGGCCUCGCGCUGUUUGCGACGGCCAUCCUGGUUCCCUCCGGCUGGGUCCUGGCUAACCUUGAGAGCUACAAGAAGAGGGAGGCAUGAUAAAGAAAUCCACAAUCCUUUUCCCUCACACCCGUAUCGGGACCACUGGAACCUCGGACCACCUCUUCACGAGGCAGUUUACCUUCUCAUAUUCACAUCAGUCUCUUAAAAAAAAAAAAAUCAACGAAUGACUCCUGCAAAAUGACUUGUAAUAAUCGGUGAUCUUGUGGCUCUUCUUGUGGAUGUUACACCCUAAAAAAUAAAAAUGUUAUUUAAAUCUUAAA